UACAUUUGAAUUGAGUAUGUGUGUGCAAUGCAAGCGGCAGCUUCUAGCUUCUAUUCAGUUUUAAAAAACGAUAAUAAACGAUUUUCGAAGCAAAUAUGGAUUCAAAUCGACGUGAAUUUGAUCCAUUGAACAUUUGGCCAAAUGCAAAAACAAUGAAAAUCGAUAAAAUUACGCCGCAUAAAAUUGUUGUGGUAUUUUUGGUGCAAGAAUAUUUAAAAGUGAAAAGUGAAUAUGAAAGCCAUGAAAUGUAUCCGGCAAAUUAUUCGAAAAGUUUUUGUAUGUUAUUAUUGAAAUUAAUACAAUUUCCGGAUAUGUCGUACAAUGAUUUGAAAAUUUUUCUAUCGAAUCCGGACGCUGGCAUCGAUCCAAUACAUUUGUCCGGUUUUGAAGAGCUCAUGGAAACGAUAUCCACCGUUGGACUUGAUGUUUUAUUCGAUUUGCAAAUGUUCAUCGGAAAAUUGCUAACCGACAAUGUGCAUGUCAAUCAGUUUGGCGUUGUUGGAUUCUACAUACGACGAAUUCUGUUGGCGCUCAAUAAAAUGGGAUUCGAAGAAAUUAGCGAUUUAUACGGCAGCAUUACCGAAUACUAUUUGGCACGGACAAUGGGCUCUCUAACAAACGAUGUCACAACCAAUUUUGAAUCGGACGACAGUUUGAAACACACCGAUUUCUCAAAUUCAUUGGCAGACAAUGAUGUGUAUGCAUUAAAACCGGUCAAAUUACAACAUAGAUUGAGUGAAAAUAUCGACGAUCAAUCGUCGUAUACACGACCAUUGUCAAAGCGAAAAAAUCCUUUAUUUAUGCCACCAACGCCAUCCUAUGAACCGCCAAUUUCCACGAGCAAAGACCGAGACGGUCACAGUAAAUGGUCGGUGAAACAAGCCGACUUGUUUAUUGCGCAACAAUGUAAUUUAUUGGAAAAUAAUGAAAUAUAUGCCCUGAAACCGAUUGAAUUACAACAGCGAUUGAACGAAAUAAUCGAAGAUAUUCCAUUGUACACACAAGCACACGCACUCACUUAUCUGAAUAGUUUGCGUGUUCGUGACUUCUUCAGCUCAUUAGAUUCAUAUCAUAGGGCCUACGAUCAAAAUUCUGCGCAUGAUUCAGAUGCAUCCGGCUCCGAUUCCAAUCAAUCAUCAAAUAAUGGCCAAUCAAAGAAUGCCAACCGGGGACUACAAUAUUCAAGUCUAAAUUUAGCCAUAUUGCAUAUGAAAUUUGAGCAUUACAAUGAAACGUUGUCCAAUCUAAAGGAAUGCAUAAUGUUGGCACAAGAAGCCGGCGACAAGGCAUGUUUGCAAUUGGCACAAUUGUGGUUAUGUUUGUUGGAUAAAAAAUAUGUGCUACUUUGUGAAACAAAUGUAACAAAUCAACUAGAAAAUACAGCCGUUCAUUCUGUAUCGUUGGGAGUUCAGUUCGUUGUUAAUGUGGCGGCAAUUUCUGGUGUUGUACCAUCCAAAUUGUUUGAGCUACUCAUGAAAAGUGAAGUCAUCAAUUUUCAACACAGCCUAAUGGAUUUGGUGGCAAAUAGUUGUUCGCAAAAAGCGGCCGUUUGGCAAUUGUAUGGUAAAACUGAACUUGCAUCGUUAUGCAAUCAACUGUUGCUGCAGGUCAUUCGAUCAAGUAAAGAUAGCGAUUGUAUCGAGAAUAGCGAAGCGGUUUGUAUGUCGCUGUGUUCAAUUGCACUCUGGCUAAGCUUACAGGGUGAGCACGUCUUAUCGGCGGUAGUGAUUCAACAUGCAUCCGAACGUUUCCCGCGUGAUCCAUUGUCACGAAAUUGGCAAAUGACCAACGCAUACAUUCAAUCCCAGCAGGCCAUUCAUCGAUGCAAAUGGAGCGACGGACAGAGAGCAUGCGGUCAAAUUCGAAAUUAUAAUUCAGUACUUAGCUCAUUGCAACAGGCAACAUUGAAUAUAUCGCGUGGUAAUGGUUCGGCUGCAUAUAAACAUCUACAGCAAUUGUUAAACGACGAUGGACUUGAACCAAUCUAUCGUGUUCGUGCAAUGAUUUUAAUGUCAAACACAUUUGUGCGUAACGAAUUGACGAUUAGCGCCGAAAAGCGAUUUUCAGCCGAAGCGAUGGGCAUUUUAAAUGAAGCUUCAGUGUAUGCAAAAGAGAAAUUUCUAUCAUACGAAGCUGCAGUAGUUGAUUUGCACACCACCUAUAUUUUAUUGUUGAUGGGAAUGCCACAGCAGGCAUUGAAAUUGAUUCGAAAUUGUAUGGAAACGAUUUUGGCAAAUGGCGGCAUCUAUGAUUGUACGCGAACACAAUUUUUAUUUGUCAAGUGUUUGAUUGCGGCCCAAGGCGAUAACCACCUGGAGAAAAUCAAUAAGCUAUCGAUUAUUUUACCAAUUCUUGAGGAAUGCAUUCAGAAUUUCAUGAAGUUGGAAGCAUUUGCCAAAGUCAAAGAUAUUUACAUUUAUUUAUCAACAUUUUAUGAAAGCGUUGGACGCGUUGCCGAACGCAAUAAAUGGGCGUGCAAAUUUCGUAACUUGGAUGAACAAUUUGCAACGCCAACCGAGUAUCUCAAUGUAUUUUUAUAAGAAUUUUUGUUAUUUUCAAAAUUGGAAAUGAAAAAACCAAACAAAACAAUGAAACUGAAAUUAAAAUGUGAACACAUAAUAAA